CUGACCCGGCGGGAGCGGCACUUCUGCUGCGUGCGAGGACACGCCCGAACGGACGAUGGCACUGCGGGGGCUGCGGACAUGGGGAGGGCGGGAGUGCCUUGGCGACGAGGGUCUGUUGGGCCGGGCUUCCUUGGGGAAAAGUGUCUCUGUAGUGGGGAGUGUCCCUGAGGGAACCCUGUGAUUCCCAGGGCUCCUCCCGCGACUGCAGCGGAGGCGGCAGUAGGGGAGGGGACUAUUGCUCCUCUGCGCGUGCGUGGCUCCGCGGCCAAUGGGCGGGCGGCGUGCUCGCGUUCCGGGCCAAUGGCGGCGCGCCUCAGUGCCGCGCGCCGUUGUUAAGGGCAGCGGCGGGUGGGGGCCCAUAGCAACGGCGGGGCCGCGAUGGAGGGAGCGGCGCGGCCUGGGGGUCCCGCCGGCCACAGCAUCUUUGAGGAUGAAAGCAUGAAACUACGACAGCUGAAACUACAGAAUCAGUGGAAUAAGGCCGGGAAUACAUGGUACUGAAGAGCAGGCUGCCACCGUAUGGAGAGAAAAUGAACUACUAUUUACUGUCCUGUCAGUGGACUUGCAGAUGUUUUUUCCUUCUCAAGAGCUCUUCUAGAGAAGAAGCAGAGGAAGAAACGUCUUGAUCCAUUGAUGGUACAGCCAAAUCCUGAGGCAAAGCCGCGCAGAUCAAAGCCCAAAGGGUGUGAGGAGCAGACUCCUUUAGUAGAAACUCGUACCCUUGUCCACAGUGAUGUUGUUUUACAUGGCAUUGAUGGACCAGCUGCUUUCCUGAAAUCAGAAGUGCAAGAUUUGGAGACCAAGCUUCAAGCUCUCUCUGCUGGAUCUACUGGAACAGAAGAAAAUGCAGAUAAGGAAAAUGAUGGAGAGGCUCUAACAGACAUAGCAGGCAAGCCAGAUCUGCAAGAAAUCUUACAGAAACGAGGAAUUUCAGACAGUCUGAAUUUUGAUGAGGAGGACACAGAAGAGGAAGAAGCUAGUAAAAGACCAGCAUCUCAUUCACCACACCCUGAAUCUGAGAGGCCUAGUUCUGCAUCCAGCGAGAAAUCUUUCACAGAAACAGGUGCUUCCUGUAGUCCAUCCCCUCAUGCAGAUGCACAGCUUGGAGAAGUAGAGAACUUGGAGGAUUUUGCAUUACGCCCUGCACCCCGUGGUAUUAGUGUCAAGUGUCGAAUCACUAGAGAUAAGAGGGGAAUGGACCGGGGCCUCUUCCCUACUUACUACAUGCAUCUGGAAAGGGAUGACAACAGAAAGACAUUCCUUCUUGCAGGGAGAAAAAGAAAGAAGAGCAAAACAUCGAAUUAUCUCAUAUCAGUUGACCCAACUGAUUUAUCCCGGAAAGGGGAAAGUUUCAUUGGAAAACUCAGGUCAAACCUCAUGGGAACUAAAUUUACAGUCUAUGACCAUGGAGUUAACCCAAUCAAGGCACAAAGUCUAGUGGAAAAGGCUCAUACAAGACAGGAACUUGCAGCUAUUUGUUAUGAAACCAACAUCUUAGGAUUCAAGGGUCCCAGAAAAAUGUCUGUGAUCAUUCCAGGAAUGAAUAUGAAUCAUAAGCGAAUUCCAAUCCGUCCACGAAAUGAACAUGAGGGUCUGCUGUCAAAAUGGCAAAACAAAAAUUUGGAGAACCUCAUUGAGUUGCACAACAAGGCUCCAGUCUGGAAUGAUGAUACUCAGUCCUAUGUUUUGAACUUCCAUGGGAGAGUCACUCAGGCCUCAGUGAAGAACUUUCAGAUUGUCCAUGACAAUGACCCUGACUAUAUUGUGAUGCAGUUUGGUCGUGUAGCAGAAGAUGUGUUCACUCUGGACUAUAAUUAUCCCCUCUGUGCUCUUCAGGCCUUUGCUAUUGGACUCUCCAGCUUUGACAGUAAAUUGGUCUGUGAAUGAGACAACAGACUUGAAACAUGGAACUCACUUGCAUGCUUGCAUCUUGUAGGAGUUCCAGGUGUAGUAAUGAAGAGCAUUUUGGAAGGGAAAUGGAGGACAGACUUCUACAGGCUUAUUAGAAAGCACAUUCCAGCCCUCAGAGCGUUGUAAGUGUUGGCAGUAGACCGUCUUGGGAGCAGUCUCUGUAUGUACUGUGGAAGAACAAGAAAUAUAGGUGAUGAUUUUGUCAUUGGUGUUGAUUCUGCUUUCAGAAUCUUUGUUUACAGAUGCUGCAUGACAAUGGGCUAAGCCCACUAAUUGGAACUCCUUGCAUCCAGGAUAGAAAAAUAAUGGCUAAGUGUUCCUGUCCCUUGAAACUUCCUUAAGAAGAUACCUGGAAGAUGAUGCUACUCAUGAGUUUCUGAUCAGAUGAAUUCUGAAAAAACAGAACAGCUGGAAUAAGACAUUGGCUCUAAUACAACACUUUUACUCUGUGAGAUGAUUCUCUGUUAAGGCUGGUAAUCUAUUUCCCUUUCAGUAUUCUAAUUGCUCUAUGUCCCUUGACAGUCUUUUUACCAAAUAAAGAACAAUCGAAUCUCAAA